AUGGAUAAUUAUUCGCGCACAAAAAAUCCCAAUAUUGCGUUUGACUACCAUAAGCUCACCGAUUCUCCGAGAUCGUUCGCCGGCGACUUCGAUUUCGGAGAAACCUCCGAUCGCCGAUUCGCGUUCUCCCGCCACGCUCCCUCGCAUCGGAACGCCGCCGUCGAUAUACCGCCGGGAAGUUACUGGCCGGAGUCUGGGUUUGAGUACUCGAAGGUAACCGAUGUGAAAUUAUCGGCCUUGUCGUCGCCUCUUUCGUUGAUUUUGAAGGCGUUGAGAUCUGGAAACAAGCAUAUGAGGCGGCUGUUUGUGCUGAUUUCUCUCAAUGUCGCGUACUCUACGGCCGAGUUGUUUAUCGGCCUUUUAUCGGGACGUGUUGGUUUGGUAUCUGAUGCAUUUCAUUUAACGUUCGGCUGUGGCCUUUUGUCGUUUUCAUUAUUUGCAAUGGCUGCUUCAAGACAAAAACCCGACCGUGCAUACACAUAUGGGUACAAGAGGCUAGAAGUUUUAUCUGCUUUUACCAAUGCUCUAUUUCUUUUAUUCAUGUCAUUCUCCUUAGCAGUCGAAGCUCUUCACGCGUUUAUACAAGAUGAGUCUGAGCACAAGCAUUACUUGAUCGUCUCAGCUGUCACGAAUUUGCUGGUAAACCUUAUUGGUGUUUGGUUCUUCAGGAACUAUGCGCGAAUCAGUAUUGUUUAUAGAAAGGCUGAAGAUAUGAACUAUCAUUCGGUUUGUUUACAUGUUCUGGCUGAUUCCAUUCGCAGUGCAGGGUUAAUCCUAGCAUCCUGGUUGCUUAGCCUUGGGGUUAACAAUGCUGAGGUCUUGUGUUUGGGUUUAGUUUCUGUCACGGUUUUUAUGCUCGUCAUGCCACUUUUCAAAGCUACAGGCGGCGUUUUACUGCAGAUGUCACCACCUAGCAUUCCUAUGUCGGCUUUGAGCAAAUGCUUGAGACAGAUUAGUUCCCGUGAAGAUAUUGUCGAAGUUUCUCAGGCUCGUUUUUGGGAGUUGGUGCCUGGUCAUGUCGUUGGAUCCAUUUCGAUACAGGUGAAGCUGGGAAUGGAUAUCCAACCGGUACUCGAGUAUGUCCAUGGCCUGUAUCAUGAGAUCGGCGUUCAGGAUUUGACUGUGCAGAUUGAUUGA